AUGGCUUCAAACUCUAUCGACAACAAAGAAAAAGAAUAUUCUUCGUCUUGGACAAAGAAGCAGAACAAACAAUUUGAAAUGGCACUGACAAUUUAUGAUGAAGACACCCCAAAUCGAUGGCAAAAUAUAGCCCAAGCAGUUGGUGAUAAAUCAGUCGAGGAAGUGAAGAUACACUAUGCAAUUCUGGUAGAAGAUAUUUAUCGUAUAGAGGCUGGGCUGGUUCCAAUUCCCAAGUAUAAUCCCAUGAGAAGCACCAAUUUUAUUGAUGUAGAAAGGCAUGGCAAGUAUCUUCAGUUGAAUUCAAAUAUGUGA